UAGAGUCUUGUGUUGUUGGAAAACCAGACUCACAACAGACGGACAAAGUGAAGAAGCAGCAAAUUAGUACAGCAGGUGACAAAUAUAUUUUGGAGUUGCAUGCAGCAGGUUCUCAUAAUUUAAAUACACACGAUUACAAGGGAAACUGAUACAUGCAAAAUUGUGCAUUUUGGAGUAGAACUAUGGUAGCGGGUCAUGACUUAUUUACAUUCCCUGUCGCACAUCCAUCGUGAUGAUAUAUUGUGACUGACGACUCAUACGUGCUGACAUGCACUUGCACAAGACUUUUAUAGGAAACUGACCUUGAAGGAAAAAUGAUACGUAUCGCAGCCCUUAAUGCUGCCUCAGCAACUAGCGAUGAACAUGAGGAUUCCCUGAAGAGCCAUAAGUCUCAGACCAAGGAGGCCCAGGAAGCUGAAGCAUUUUCUUUGUACCACAAAGCCUUGGACCUGCAGAAGCAUGAUCAGUUUGAGGAGUCUGCGAAGGCUUACCACAUGCUACUGGAGACCCCACUGCUCAAAGAGGCUAUUCCUUCUGAAGACGAGAAGGUGGGACUGAAGCACCCAGGGCUGAUGCUGAAAUACUCCACGUACAAAAACCUAGCCAGCCUAGCAGCACUCCGAGAUGACUUGGAGACAGCCAUGGAGUUCUAUCUAGAGGCUGUCUUGCUGGACUCUACGGACGUGAACAUGUGGUAUAAGAUUGGUCAGGUGGCCCUGCGUCUGAUUCGAAUCCCGCUGGCCCGACACGCCUUCGAGGAGGGACUGCGGUGUAACCCUGACCACUGGCCGUGCCUGGACAACCUCAUCACAGUGCUCUACACGCUCAGCGACUACAGCUGCUGCCUGUAUUUUAUCUGUAAAGCCCUGGAGAAGGACCGCUGCUACACCAAAGGUCUGGUUUUGAAGGAGAGGAUCUUCGAAGAGCAGCCCUGCCUCAGAAAGGAUUCCUUCCGCAUGUUCAUGACAUGUGACAUGUCUGUCCACGCGGUGGAGGUGGAUGAAGGGGAGGCGGCGGCCGUGCUCCAGGAAGCUCUGGAUCUGCGCAGGAGGAGGCAGGCCCUGGACACCCGAGAGCCACAGCCCGACCUCAAACUCGUCCAGCCCAUCGCUUGCUACACAUGGAAAUGCCUGGGAGAGAGCCUGCUGGCCAUGUACAGGCACCAGACCACCUGUGAACCACCUCGGCCAAGCCUGGGCAAGAGGAUCGACCUGUCUGAAUACCAGGACCCCGACCGGCUCCACACCUCCCCCCUGUCCUUCACUCCAGUCAGUGUGAUCCAAAUCGUCUCCAGCAACAACAGCACCUCACUGCCCGCUACAGAGCUGAUCCCAACCAGCCAGCCCCCUGCCCAGCCCCCAGCCCAGACCACCGUGCUCCAGCUAGCACAGAGCCAGAACGUUGUGGAAGUGACCACGACCGUAGGUGUGUGUGCUGACGCGUCCCUCGCUGACAAGGCGAAGAAGCCCCCCAAGCGGAAGCGUGCUGCGGAGGAGAGUGGAGAGACAGCCAAGCGACGCUCAGCCAGGGUCCGAAACACCAAGUGCAAGAAGGAGGAGAAGAUCGACUUCCAGGAGCUGCUGGUCAAGUUCCUUCCCUCCAGGCUGAAGAAGCUGGACCCGGAGGAUGAGGAUGAAAGCUUAAACAGCUAUGAGAUCCUCUCCGAGGUGAAGCAAGACAGCGCGCAGCUUGUCGGCUCACAUUGCAUGUCUUUCGACUCCACGCCCUUCAUGGAAUCUGAAAGGCUAGGUGUCCACACCUUCCUGCUGAAUAACAUGACUAACGGUGGGAUCCUGGAGCUGAUGAUGCGUUACCUGAAGGUGAUCGGUCAGCAGUUCCUGGCGGAGUGGCCUGCAGGCCUGGCAGCAGUGGUCUUGGAGAUCUACACCAGCUGGAGGCAACACAGCAGCAGCCUGCCCAACCCCCUGCUCCGGGACUGCAGCAACCAGCACAUCAAGGAUAUGAUGGUGAUGAGCCUGUCGUGCAUGGAGCUCCAGCUUGAGCAGUGGUUACUGACAAAGGGCAAAAACAGCAUAAUCUCUCCACGGAAGUGCCAGUCGGGUUCAGUCUCGAAUCAGUUCGGCUCCAAUUUGCCCGGCCAGCAUUUCCAGGGUGACCUGGUGCAGCUGGCCUUUGCCUCCUCGCAGAGGGACCUGUUUGAAGACAGCUGGCUGUCCUUCGUGGUCCGGGUCUACUGGCUCAAAGCUCGCUUCCUAGCACUGCAGGGUGACAUGGAGCAGGCUCUGGAGAGCUAUGAUAUCUGCACAGGGAUGCUCCAGGGCCCCACUGCGGUACAGUCUGGAGGUGAAAGCGGGGAGAAGUUAACCAUCCGCCUGCCCAACCUGUGCAUGGACUCAGCCAUCUCCGUGGAAGAGGUUGACAAGAAGCUGAAGUCCCUGGAGCGCUGCCAGUCCCUGGAAGAGCUGCAGUGUCUCUUCGAGUCGGGGGAUUGCCAGGCGGUGGUGCAGCUCCUCCGCCCCACUCUGAGCACAGAGGGAUCGGGCCGGGCCAGGCAGGUCGAGUUCAGCACCUCCAUCCCAGAGAGACCUGCUCAGCUGCUGCUGCUCCAGAACUCGCUGCUGAAGCUGAAGGAUUUCCGACAGUGUCUGGAGUGCUCCGAGGUGUCUCUGAACGAAGCUAUCCAGCAGAUGAACAGCGUGACCGCGUCCUCCGCUAAAGAGGAGUGGGUCGCCACGGUGACACAGCUGCUGACUGGCAUCAACCUCUGCCUCUCCCAGGACCCCAGCAUCUUGAAGAGCUGCCUCCGGACCGCCAGCCUGGUGUGCUUCACCAGCAACCUCAUACAGCUCAUCGACUGCAGCAUGGCGAUCCCGGAGGACCCCAAGGAGCCGUACAUGUCGUCCGUGCUGCCCUGGAUCUUGCUGUACCACGUCAUCAAGCAGGAGGAGGAGACCUUCCACUCCCUGCGCAGGCAGCACCGGCAGGGGAACAGCCACGAAGAGGAUGAUGCCGACGCCCCAAUGCUGCCCUCCUCCCUGAUGCUGCUGAACACAGCUCACGAGUACCUGGGCAGGAGGGCUUGGUGCUGCAGCUCGGACGGGGCUCUCCUAAAGUUUUAUGUGCGUGUGCUGCAGAAGGAGCUGGCUGCCUCCACCUCGGAGGAUGCUCACCCCUACAAAGAGGAGCUGGAGACUGCUCUGGAGCAGUGUUUCUACUGCCUGUACUCCUACCCCAGCAAGAAGAACAAGGCGCGCUACCUCGAGGAGCACUCCGCACAGCAGGUGGACCUGAUGUGGAGUGAAGCCUUGUUCCUGUUCGAGUAUGUCAAGCCCAAGACUCUGCCAGAGUUUGACAGCUACAAGGCGAGCACGGUGUCUGCAGACCUGGCCAACCUGCUGAGGAAGAUCUCCUUCAUCGUCCCUCGCAGCGAGACCCCCAAACUCUCAAUGGAGGAGGUGUCUGCCUUCAUCGAGGGGACCUCCGACAAGGUGCCAGUUCUCCCCGAAGGAGCUAGUCCAGCGUCCCCUCUGGUGUGUGAGCUGUAUUACCUCCUGGCUGAUUAUCACUUCAAAAACAAGGAGCAGUCGAAAGCCAUUAAAUUCUACAUGCAUGACAUCUGCAUAUCUCCAGACAGGUUUGAUUCGUGGGCCGGUAUGGCGCUGGCCAGAGCCAGCCGCAUUCAGGACAAGCUGAACUCUAACGAGCUGAAGAGUGACGGGCCGAUCUGGAAGCACUCCCUGUCGGUUCUGAACUGCUUCAAGCGGGCCGUGGAGGUGGACUUCUCCAACCUGUCCCUGUGGAUCGAGUACGGCACAAUAUCCUACGCUCUGCAUUCCUUCGCCUCGCGGCUGGUCAAGCAGUACAGGAGUGACCUGCCUGCGGAAUUCAUCAAGCAGAUGGAGGAGCGCAGGGACAGCAUGCUGGAGACGGCCUCGCGCUGCUUCCAGGCAGCCUCUCAGUGCGAAGGGGACGGGGACGAGGAGGAGUGGCUGAUCCACUACAUGCUGGGGAAGAUCGCAGAGAAACGCAAGCAGCCCCCAAAAGACUAUCUGCUGCUCUAUAAACAGGCGGCUCAUUACUUGCAUGAGGAGGCUGCCCGAUACCCACGAAAGAUUCACUACCAUAACCCACCUGGUCUAGCCAUGGAAGCUCUGGAGCUGCACUUCCGGCUCAGUGCAUCCAUCCUGAAGUUGCUGGAGGCAGGGGAGGGGGAGCAGGCGCAGGACCGGGAGAUGAUGUUUAACAUCCUGAAGGAAGCAGCUGAGGGGGCUUUCGCCCGGGGGGAGGAGAAGAACACUCCCAAAGCCAGUGAGAAGGAGAAGUCCUUUUCAGUGAACGAGGACGACUCGCACUCCUCAACAGGAACGGCACAGGGUCCCGGGACGUACCUCCCGUCCACCGGUCCAGGUCUGACAUCACCACCUUACACAGCCACUCCGGUGGACCACGAUUACGUGAAACGUAAAACCCUUCGUCAGCAGCAGCAGAAGCAGGAGCAGGCCCUGGCUGAUGACUUGCAAAGAGGUCUGGAGAAAAAUAACUCCAUUCAACACAGCAAACAAGCAGCCCCAGCGUUUGACCAUGAUUACUCCCUGCCCAGCAUUUCAAAAUGGCAGACAUCAGUGAAUGAGCGUAGUCAGGACAGUGUGGUGGUGAUGCUCUCCGACUCCAACUCCACACAGGACCUCUUCACCGACCCCACCAGCUCCCAGGACAGCAGCCGCAAGGUGCACUCUGGGAAGGGUAGCGCCUCCUCGUCUGAGAACACCACCCCAUCGAAGGAGGGGCAAAGCAGGGCAGAGGAAGCGGUAUUUUUUAAAGGGGGAUUGGAAGAGAAAAGUGAAGACAGACCUACAGAUCUCCUUCAGCAGAACACAGUUGAUAUAUUGGACGUGUUGGAUGCCCUCUCUCAAGAGUUGGGAGAAAUGCCGACCCACAAACUCCCAGCUGAGCCGGCACUGCCUGCUGUACCAGCCACCCCCACCAAGACCCCUGCCCUGGCCAGCAUGACCGGUGUGACCCCGGGCAGCGAGGCCAGGAAGAAGCUGGACCUGUCGGGUGACGUGACCGAUGUGCCGCAGAGCCUGCCGGAGGAGCGGGGGGAGCAGCGGCGCCUCCUCACUGACAUGUGCACCGGAGCCCUGUUCCUGUGCCUCAGCCGCUUCCCACAGCACUACAAGAGCCUGUACCGCCUGGCUUACCUCUACGCCAACCGCAAGACCUGCCAGAACCUGCAGUGGGCCCGAGACGUGUUGCUAGGAAGCAGUGUUCCAUGGCAACAGCUGAAGCACAUGCCAGCGCAAGGACUUUUCUGUGAGAGAAAUAAGACUAAUUUGUUCAAUGGAAUCUGGCGAAUUCCAGUAGAUGAAAUCGAUCGGCCAGGUAGCUUUGCGUCUCAUAUGAACCGCUCCAUUGUUCUCCUAUUAGAGGUUCUGUCUCAGCUCAAGGACCACAACACACUGCUCAAAGUCUCGUUAAUGCUCCAGAGGACGCCGGACCAGGGAAAAAAAUAUUUGAGGGAUGUGGAUCGCCAGCUUCUUGCCAGGAGAGCUUUUUUCCUCAAUGUGAAAGUACUGGAGGACACUCUGAACAAACUAACUGGGGUGUCAGAACAGCCCAUUUCUACCUUGUCACAGUCUUUGAUGGGGGAGAUGACGACGGACGUCUCUAACAAACCCAGCCCGGCCAAGCAGCAGACCGACAAGCUGGAGAAACCAGAGAAAGCAGAGAAAGCGGACGCCACGGGAGAACCAGCAAGACCGGGCUCUGAGGAGCCCAUGGAGAUGGAGGCUGGCCGCUGGCCGGAAUCCAGCAAGGCAGACUCUGCUUGUAAAUCUUUGGAUGCAGACUUUUCAAAAGCUGAGGAGAAGCUCCCAGAGGGCAGCAAGACCCCAGAACUCUCCCUGGAGGACUUGAGCAUCAGCUCCAAGCAGCAGGCAGCAGCUAAGGGACUGUCCCACGUAAGCGCUGGCGGGAUGGAGUCUGGCAUCGUGAGGAGACCCAGCCGCAAGAGGAAGCUGCUGGAGGACACAGACUCAGGGAAGACGCUGCUAUUGGAUGCCUACAGGGUGUGGCAGCAGGGACAGAAAAUCAUGACGUACGACCUGGGCAGGAUUGAGACGAUCAUGUCGGAGACCUACAUGUUAAUCAAACAGGUUGACGAAGAUGCGGCUCUGGAUCAAGCAGUGAAAUUCUGUCAGAUACAAAUGGCCACGUCUACACAGAAACAGUCAACAGGCGACACCCCCACUACUCCCAAGCACAAGGAGCACAGGGAUCUCUUCUUCCCCGUGACCCCCACCACCGCGUCCUCCUGUCCCUUGCAGUCCGCGGCAGGAACGCCUGACCACACUCCUUCAUCGGACAGCACGGCCAGGCUGAGCGGGGACCUGCAGGCCAAACAAGACCGGCAGCAGCAGCAGCAGCAGCAGCACCCGACUUCCUCCUACUGCUCCCAGGCCAGUGGCCAGGCGGAGCUGCAGGACGGGGCUCGGAUCAGGGGGGCACAGGUCGACACCGCCUCCACCAUGGCCUAUCUAACACAGGGGGACGAGUCUCUGGAGGGGCUGGGCUAUCGGCAGCAGGAGUCACACCUCUGCCAGCAGAUGAAGAUGGCAACUGUGAACCCGGGCCAGGAGGCCCCUGGCUGGCUGAUGGAGAACCCCUUCGGAGAGCUGGAGGCCAGCGGGAACCCCCCUCACUCCUCCAGCCAUGCAGCAGACCCCUCCAGCUCGUCUCAGGACCAGCUCUCUCCUGGAAGCCAGCAGUCCAAGCAGCAGCCGGAGAGCAGUCGGGUACGAUCCCGUAUCCCACCCAACAUGCCAAAGCUCGUCAUCCCGUCAGCGGUGACCAAGUUCCCCCCGGAAAUCACCGUCACCCCCCCGACUCCGACCCUGCUCUCCCCGAAAGGGAGCAUCUCUGAAGAAACCAAGCAAAAACUAAAGAGUGCCAUCCUGUCAUCUCAGUCAGCAGCCAAUGUAAAGAAGGAGACUCUGUGUCAGCCAGCAUUGGAGGUGCAGGAGACCUCGAGCCAGGAGUCCUCCCUGGAGAGUGACACCGAUGAGGAGGAUGACUACAUGGACAUCUGAGCCUGUGCUGGAGCCUGGCACCUGCCAAGCACGCCGUGCAACCUGGCUCUGCCACGGAGGAAAGACAAUGCUGAUCAUCUGCAAAAAAUGGAAUUUAAAAUAAAGCCUGUAACAAACAAACUUGCAGAAACCAGCAGUAAACCACCCCUCUGCCCAUCAUGAUGACCCUGGAAUGACUCAACACCAGCUAAACAGCUUCAGCUUCUGUGUUAAAUCUUCAAGCCCGGCUGUGGCUUUCUAUUUUUCCAGCCAUCAUUGUCAUGUGGUCCUGUUGAUUUCAUUGAUCACUGCAGCCCUCCAGUUCUACCUUCACAUUGUCUCGGUCACAGUGGCUAACAAGUUGAUCUGCUCUGUGUAACAGCAGCACACAAGCUCUCCCAUGUAAAGCUCACAUUUGUGAAUUUUUGAGGCCAUGCUUUUGUAUUGCACAGACUGUAAAGACAGUGACCAUGGGUUUAUUACAGGAAUCGUGUAGGAAGCUACCAUGCCAUUUGAUAGUCCUACAUGUCCAUUUUACCUUUGUUUUGAAAGGUCUAGCAAAAAAAAAGCUUAAACCUGCAAUUACAAUUGGCUAGAAUGAAUUGCAGACUAACUCAGAGUCCUGAGAGGGCCCACGUUGAACUCCCAUCCUCCUGGCUCUAACCAAUGAGCUACCUGUGUUCCAGCAACAUCUGGAACCUUGGUGUAUCCUAUGUUGAUAAUAUUGUAUACUAUUAAGUGCCAAAAAAAUCCACUUAGUAUUGAAAGGUUUUGUUUUGGUUUUUACUUUGACUUCAUAGCAAACACAUGGCCCUGGAACAUCCAAGCACUGAUGAAAGUAGGAAGUGGAUAUUACUGAAGUGUCCUCUUGUAUCAAUCCAUUGAAGCAGUGAAGAAUAGCUAGUUAACAUCUUUUUGUGAGUAAAAAAGGUGGAGGAAUGUUUUAUACAGAUUUUUUUUCUAUAUGAAUACAGAUCUUUGCAGUAUUUUUAUGGAAUACUGGAAAUGCAGCAUUCUUUUUAAAAAGAAUUCUUUGUAAAUAAUGAAUGAGAUGUCUGGGGAAACAAAAAGACAAACUCUUGAUUAACUAUACCUGUAUGUAAUGUAUGUAUUUUUGUGUUUAAAAGAAGAAAAAAAAGGUUUUGUAUUUUGCUGAGCUGCUUUUGAAAACGCGUUAUGAAUUGAGCAUUAAACUGGGUUUAGUGUUUUUACUGUCUUGGACUAACCGUUGCCACUUUUGACCACCAGGGGGUGCUGUUAUUCUCUGAACGGAGGAAUCUGACUGAUUUAGCUGCAAACCAAAAAUGUAGUUCAUGUCAGGCCAUGCCAUUGUCAUUGUAAAGGUUGUGGAAAUUGCCUGUUGCAUUAAGGUGUAGCAUGACAGCAACUGAGUUGACAGAAUUUGUAUUGGAAACUGAACCAAACAAAAAAUUACAGCGUGUAAAAUAAUGUGUAAAAGAUUUAAUCUCAGUGCCAAAGUAAUUUCAAUGCAGAAAUCUGAAAAGAGGAGAAAAAGUGUGUCACAGUGUAGAAACCUUUUUAAGUUUUUGAGACCAAGGCAUUUUGGAAAUCGGUCAAUUCCAUCUGUUUGUGUGCAGGUAAUAGAAGUGAAGUUAAUGUAACCGCAUUGUACACAAGCACAAUACCUUGAAGCAUGACUGUUUGUAUUGCUUUGCUAAUGGUUUAUAUCAGGGCUGUCCAACAGAAGGCUCUUGAGCCAUAUAUGGCUCAUUAACAUCUAAAGUAUGGCUCUCUUAAUUGUGCAGGUCAGUAUCCCAUUGAAGGAUGUUAAUAUGUCCAGAGAAAACGAGAGAAGGACAGGUUUCUUUGGUAGAAGGUACAGAUUAUGACUGGUUUGACCAUGAAUGACAAGGUGAUUCGGAGAUGAAGGGUAUUCGUACAAUUACUCAUACAAAUCCCACUCAAGAAGAAUGGGGCUUAGGGAGAGGAUAAGGAUCCUGGCUUAAAGCUUGACCUGUCAUUUCUCGUCUCAUCUCUGAGAUUCCCCACUGAAUCCUAAACAGGUUAUCCGAUACAUAUUCAGUCUUAUAAUGGAUUGUUAUAUUUAUUUUAAAAAUGGACCAGGUCGACAGAAAAAAAAAAAAACACUCAAUUAGGGAAACCAGCAACAUCAUCUUGCAUGUAGAAGAAAGUGGGUGUACAGUUAUGUAAAAAAAACUUACAUUACUUAGUAACAAAUGCAGCUUUUUCUUUUUGGAAUGUUGUCUCUAAGAACUAAUGGAAGACUGUUCUGAACUACAGUAUUGGUUUCUCAUUAUUGUAUCAAUAAUACAGCUGUUUCUUUCCAUCUUAUCUGCAAUUUAAAUAUUAUAUUUUCCAGUUCAUACAAGUAGCAGUACUAUUCUUAAUUUGACCAGUUCUUUAACAUUUUUUGUGAGAGACAGCACUCCACAGGAAAUUGCCAUUUUUGUCUCUCAAAUAAUUUAACUAUUUUUAUAUGUUCUGAUUUUCAAAAAGGGAAAAGUUGAAUUGUCAAUACAGCCCUGACAGCUCAGUAUAUUGGUCAUCAUGCCCUGGCUAAAAUCCCUGCUAGAAGCACAAUUUACCCACUCUGCAUGGAGACAAGUCUGCUGAUUCAAGUGAAUGGAUGAACCUGCAGCAGAAAGGGCUGCCCUGGUUUUAUCUGCAGACAGCUCUGUUCAAUUGAUCUAAACAGUGGCGAAUUUAAGUACUGCCACGGUUUAGAUUAAAAUAGGGCUCUUUGUGUACCAAAGGUUAUUAAAAAAAAUUAAAAUAAAACAGUGCAUAAUGGAAGCCUCUUGGGUGUAUUUCCGUCAGGAAAUAUAUGUAAAACGCUGGAAAAUGUCCUGUAUUUAGAUCGGCCACUGCUGUUUACAUCAAUUGAAUAGAGCGCAGUAUCUUUAAAGCAACACGCUUGGGUUUACUUAUCAAACAGGGCCGUGUGAUCCUAUAACUUCAGGCAGAAACAUACUUUAAUUUAAACUUAGGCUCCAACUCCCUCGCUGUAGGUCUUAUAAGGUUUCUGAUGUGCACACUGUAUGAAGUACAUACCCUAACCAUUCCACAUCACACUGGGAACCUUAUUCUCUGUUUCUGCAUGGUCUGGUACGUUAGUAGUUAAGUCUUCUAUUUACUACUUUUUUAUUUCGUAAAAUUAUCUACUUUUUUAAAACUACUGUUUUGAAGGGCUUUUUGAUCUAAACAACUCUGACAAAAGGAAAAACAAAAAGAUUGUUUUUCUUUUGUCUCGAUGUAAACUGACAGCUUGUAUCUAUGCUGCUGAAAGCUUUUUAUAUGCAAGUGUGUGUUUGAAAUAUUGAAGAAAAUAAAAACAUUUUGGAAGCUUUA